GGCGACCCCACCAUCGGGCGGUGACUUGAAAUCGGAGGGGCUUCGUCUUAUUUCGUCAUUAUCUUCAGUUCCAUUCUUAGUCACUGAACUCUCAGGGUCGCUAUGACUACCAAGAACCAGGUGGAGGAAUUGCUAAAAAGACCACUAUAUGUUUAUGAUCUUCCCCAGGAACUUCUUGCAUCGAUCGCCCUCAAAGGCGAGGAUCAGCCCAUAACCGUUGAGGAUGCCGAGCCUACCCGCAAAGAGUCCUCGGACGACGUACAAGAACAUGCGAUUGCAACCUCAACAAGCUGCGCCAUUUGCAAAGUGUCCUUCGCCAACGUACAGGAACAGCGCGAGCAUGUGCGCUCCGACCAUCAUAAAUACAACGUGCGAGCUCAGCUUAGAGGCAAUGCCGUUCUGGAUGAAGUACAAUUCACGAAGGCGAUUGGCGAGCUUGAUGAGUCGAUAUCGGGGUCCGAGUCGUCGGAAGAGGAAGACGGAGAUGCUGGGGACCAGCUCUCAGCUUUGCUGAAAAGGCAGGCUAAAAUCUCCCAAGCGGCUGAAGAGGGCAAAGAGAGCGCCACACCGAGGGGUGUCGGGAAACAUCCGCUAUUGUGGUUUACGCAUCCUGCUCUCCCACCGAAUACGUCGCUGGGUGUGUACCGGGCGCUGUUUACGAAUGAGGAGCAGGAGGAGCGGAAAUGUCUUGUCGAUUCCCUGAAGAAGAAGCAAUUAGCUCCCAUUUAUCCGCAGCAGAAGGAUAAUGGACAACCGGCGACUCCUAGUCCGCAUAUUUUUAUGUGCAUGAUUGGUGGUGGGCACUUUGCGGCAAUGCUGGUUUCUCUGGCACCCGAGGUUCAUCGGAAACAGGGUGGUGUCGAGGAAAGACAAGCUCGCGUUAUUGCACACAAGUCGUUUCAUCGCUAUACAACCAGGCGAAAACAAGGUGGCUCCCAGUCAGCCAACGACGCGGCAAAAGGUGCGGCGCAUUCAGCGGGUUCCAGCCUACGACGGUAUAAUGAGGCUACCUUGGAAAAGGAGAUUAGGGAGCUGUUGCAGGAUUGGGGCAAGAUGAUAAACGAGGCUCAGCUCUUGUUCGUCCGCGCUGCUGGCUCUACGAAUCGAAGGGUCUUGUUUGGCCAACAUGAGGGGCAAGUGCUGAAGCAGAAUGACCCCAGGUUGAGAGGGUUCCCGUUCAGUACUCGUCGGGCGACACAGACUGAACUGAUGAGAUGCUUCAAAGAGCUCACUCGUGUGAAGAUUAGUCAAGUUGAUGAAGCUGCUCUCGCCGCAGCCGCAACCAAACAGCGAGAAGAGUCAAAACCUUCUACACCAAAGCCUCAGCCGCAGAAACCAAAGAUAUCGAAAGAGGAUGAAGCGGCAAUCAUGCAUACAACACAAAUACAAGCCCUCAUCCGUCGCUCGAAAAUUCCGGCGCUGAUGUCGUACCUAUCCAAAAACUCUAUACCCUCUUCAUUUACCUUUCAGCCAUCCGACGUCCAGCAGAAUUUUCGAUGUCCCACACCUCUUCACCUCGCCUCAAACCUCAAUUCCCCCGCAAUGGUAUUAGCCCUCCUUACCAAGCUUGACGCCGACCCAACGGCUACGAAUGCAGAAGGAAGAACGCCAUUUGAACUUGCAGGUGAUCGCGCUACUCGAGAUGCUUUCCGCGUAGCACGCCACGAGCUUGGCGAGUCCAAGUGGAAUUGGGAGGCUGCCAAUAUUCCGCCAGCCAUAUCCAAGGCUGAAGCAGAUAACCGUCUGCAAAGGGAGCGGAAAACAGCGGAAGAGGAAGAAGCGAACCGGCGUAAGGCGGAAAUGGAUCGCUUGCGACAGGAAGAGGCAGCGACGGCGGCUCGAAUGACAAAAAAAGGUGGCCGGACUGUGGGCAGUGUAGAGAAGACAGCUCAGGAAAGAAGAGAAGAAGAAACGCGGGGGAUGACGCCGGAAAUGAGGAUGCGGUUGGAGAGGGAGCGCCGUGCUAGAGCAGCUGAAGAGAGGAUUCGGAGGAUGCAACAGGGUCAGAAACAGUGAUGUCUUAGCUUGCCAUUAUUUAGACAAUACUUAGCUUACGAUAAU